UAUAGGCAGGGGAGAUCUAACAGUAUCAUUUGUUGCUUUCUUCGAUAGUUCUAUAUAUGCUGCAGCUGUAAGAUAGUGGCAGCUUAGAAAGGUUUGAAGGAGAUGGGGAAGACUGGAAAGUGGCUUAGAAGCUUCCUGACAGGGAAGAAAGACAAGGAAAAGUUGCAAAGUAAUCAGAAUUUUUCCAUUUCCAUUGAGACUAAUCCAAGCACUCCAAUUUCAAUCCUACAGACAACCCCAAAAGAGAAAAGGAGAUGGAGUUUUCGAAGAUCUUCAGCCACAUCACCAGCUUCGAAGGACUUGAAUUCUGCAGAACCAAUUGCCACUUCGUCGCCGGCAGUACAGACCAUGUUGGACACAGAGAAUGAGCAGAAAAGGCAUGCCAUGGCAAUGGCUGCAGCGACGGCUGCAGCAACUGAUGCAGCCGUGGCUGCUGCACAGGCUGCAGCUGCAGUGAUCCGACUCACAGCAGCUGCCAGUGGCAGAGCCAGCGCCAUUGAAGAGGCUGCUGCCACAAAAAUUCAAUCUGUGUUCCGCGCUUAUUUGGCAAGGAAAGCACUAUCAGCAUUGAAAGGACUAGUGAAGUUGCAGGCGUUGGUGAGAGGUCACCUGGUGAGGAAACAGGCCACGGCUACACUUCGGUGCAUGCAGGCACUGGUGACAGUGCAGGCAAGAGCUCUGGCACAGAGGAUCCGGAUUGCUGAAGAUGCAAAGCCUACUAAUCAUAGGAAUUCUACCCACAGAAAAUCGACACAAGACAAUCGGUUCAGGCACAACUAUCAUGAAAUGGAUAAAGGCUUGGAGGAGGACAUUAAGAUUGUGGAGAUGGAUCUUGGUGAAUCAAAGGGAAGUUUAAUGAGCAGAAAUAGCUACUCCAGCCACUCCCAAUAUGAAGGAGCAGAGCAUAGAUUCUCCACCCAUUAUGCAUACUCAAAGCCAGACAACCACCAGGCCUCACCAGCUCCAUCAGCUCUAACAGACAUGAGCCCAAGAGCCUGCAGUGGACAUUUUGAGGACUAUUCCUUUGACACAGCGCAAAGCAGCCCGCAGUACUUCUCUGCCGUGUCGAAACCCGAUCCUUCAAGAGUUCCUUUCGCUUUUCCGAGGCCAAAUUAUGCAGAACCUUUGUCCUAUGACUACCCAUUAUUCCCAAAUUACAUGGCCAAUACAGAAUCUUCAAAAGCCAAGGUCCGGUCACAGAGUGCACCAAAGCAAAGGCCAGACUCAUUUGAGAGGCAACCAAGCCGGCGCAGGGCAUCAAUGGAAGGAAGGAAUGUCCCAAGGGCUGUGCGGAUGCAGAGGUCAUCUUCCCAUGUGGGUUCAACUGCUCAAAACUACCACUAUCCAUGGUCAAUCAAGCUUGACAAAUCUACAGUUUCCCUUAAAGACAGUGAGUGUGGAUCCACCAGUACAGUGCUCACAAAUGCAAACUACUGCAGAUCCCUUGUUUCAUAUGAUCCUCAUGGAAAUAGGUAUUAGCAUUGCAUCUCUCACCACAAUAAUGACUGAAACUUGUAUAUGGCUCCACCAGAAGGAACAUGCAGAUGCUAAACAGACAUCGGAAGCUUCAAGAGGGAAUUACUAAAGAUGGUAAAGUGUUUGACAUAGAAGCUGCUAAGAUUUAUGACAAUUUUUUUCGUAGUUUCUGAAUUCAGGUGUUAUUCAAAUUUCAAAUGAAGUGCCGUAUUCUAAGUCAUCUUUUUGUAGAAUCCUUUUUCCUUUUGCUCUCGGUGUUUCUGCAUAUUUUGGCUGAAUGUAUUCCUGCCGGAAAAGUGUGAAGAUAACUUCAUGAGGAACACAAUUUGAUCUGUCUAUAGAAAUUUAUGAAAAGUGUGAUUUUCUGUAA